AUUGUACAAAUGAUUCAGUAUCAUCAGUUUCAACUAUUUCAACUAAUUCUUCUGGAUUAGAUUUAGUUCGCUUACAGGUAGAGAGUGAUUUCUCAGAAGUUUUUGAUUUUGAAGCAUUUGAAAGAGAUCAAGAACGGUUACUUAUCGAGGGGGCUG